CUAAGACAAACACGCGUACGGUCUCUCUCUAGAACGCAAAAAGUAUAGUUGAGAGGAGAGUGUGAAUCUCGUAAUCUUGGAAGUUAGCUGAUUCAAAAUAACUCAAGAGAGAAAGCGCAAGUAGCAUUUGCCCCUUGAACUGAACGCAGAGAGAGAGAGAGAGAGAGAGAGUUCUAUUCUGCCGUUUCUCUCUCUAAACCUCUCUGAUUGCCUUACUGCACUGGAUUCACGUACGUACACGCACUAUUGGUGGUUUGGUAGCCCGGAGAUUGUGUUCUAAGAUGUGCUAUUAGGUGUUUGGUGAUAGAUAAGAGUGGUAGAUCCUUGAUGAUGGAGGAGGUUUCCGGCGACGGAGGGGGCAUGUCACUGGUGGAGGCGACUUAUGGGGAGAACAGCGGCAAUGUGCGACCGGCAGCGACUGAUGCGGUUACCGUUACUACCACUCCGAUGGCACUGACGGUGUCGGGAUCAUUCAAGGAGGGGAAGAGUUCGCGGAGGCGGGCACCGCUACGGCCGAGUUUAGAUGCAGAUGAGUUCAUAAAUUUGCUGCACGGUUCGGAUCCGGUGAAGCUGGAGCUCAAUCGGUUGGAGAACGAAGUCAGAGAUAAGGAUCGGGAAUUGGGGGAAGCGCAUGCUGAGAUCAAGGCGCUGAAGUUGUCCGAACGCCUUAGAGAGAAGGCAGUUGAAGAGCUGACUGAAGAAUUGGCGAAAGUGGAGGAGAAGCUCAAGUUAACAGAAUCUCUUCUAGAAAGCAAAAAUCUUGAGAUAAAGAAAAUCAAUGAUGAGAAGAAGGCCUCCAUGGCUGCUCAAUUUGCAGCAGAAGCCACUCUUAGAAGGGUUCAUGCUGCUCAAAAAGAUGAUGAUAUGCCUCCAAUUGAAGCCAUUCUGGCACCACUGGAGGCUGAACUCAAGCUUGCUCGGCAAGAGAUUGCAAACCUACAGGAUGACAACAAGGCCUUGGAUCGCCUCACCAAAUCAAAAGAAGCUGCUUUACUUGAAGCUGAACGAACUGUUCAGGUUGCCUUGGCAAAGGCUUCAAUGGUGGAUGAUCUCCAAAAUAAGAACCAAGAGUUAAUGAAGCAGAUAGAAAUUUGCCAGGAAGAAAAUAAAAUUUUGGAUAAAAUGCAUCGGCAAAAGGUUGCCGAGGUUGAGAAGCUUACCCAAACUGUACAUGAGCUUGAAGAGGCUGUCCUUGCUGGGGGUGCUGCUGCAAAUGCUGUGAGGGAUUACCAACGAAAAGUUCAAGAGAUGAAUGAGGAGAAAAAAAUUCUUGACAGGGAGCUGGCCCGUGCAAAAGUUACUGCAAACAGGGUGGCUACAGUGGUAGCUAAUGAAUGGAAAGAUGCUAAUGACAAAGUGAUGCCUGUAAAGCAAUGGCUUGAGGAACGAAGGUUUUUGCAGGGGGAGAUGCAGCAAUUCCGGGACAAGCUUGCCAUAGCUGAAAGAACUGCAAAAUAUGAAGCUCAGUUGAAAGAAAAAUAUCAACUGCGACUCAAAGUCCUUGAAGAGAGCUUGAGAUGGUCAAAUAAUAGCAAUCGCAGCACCUCCGAUGGAAGAACCAUAAGCAAUGGCCCCUCUCGUCGCCAAUCUUUGGCUGGAGCUGAUAACUUUUCCAAAUUGACCCCUAAUGGCUUUCUACCCAAGAGAUCUCCGUCCUUUCAGUUGAGAUCUACUUUGUCUUCUGGUACCAGUUCAAUAUUGAAGCAUGCAAAAGGGACGUCAAAAUCUUUUGAUGGUGGAACACGCUCACUAGAUAGGGGUAAAAACCUCUUGAAUGGAACAGGUCCAAAUUUUAAUCUUAGCCAGUCUUUUGGGGGCAGGAAGGAAGCUGAAACCAAUAGCAAUACCUGCAAAGGAGAACUAGAAGAAAAAACGAGUGCCUUGCCUGCAGCAGAUUCAGAGGAUACUGUUCCAGUUAUGUUGUAUGAUUUCUUACAAAAAGAAGUGAUUGCUUUGAGGAAAGCUGGUCACGAGAAAGAUCAGAGCCUUAAAGAUAAGGAUGACGCAAUAGAGAUGUUGGCAAAGAAAGUUGAUACUUUAACCAAGGCAAUGGAGGUUGAGGCUAAGAAGAUGAGGAGGGAGGUAGCUGCUAUGGAGAAAGAGGUGGCUUCCAUGCGUGUGGAAAAGGAACAUGAAAAUAGGGCCAAACGAUUUGGAAAUUCCAAGGGUCCUGUGAACAGUUCUCAGCUGCUCCCUGGAAGAAAUGUAGCACGAGGUGGGUUAACACGUAGCACCCAAUAACAAGUAGCCUGAUUGCAGCAGUAAGUUGUAAUUCUGCACAGGCCUUUUAAGGAAUCUUUUCCUCUUCUCCCCCCUCUCGCUCUCUAUGGUUGAUUAUAAUACUAAAACUAGCAUGCCAGUGGUAUUGUAUUCUACUGAGUUGUUUGGUUAAGUGUUGGACAAUCAAAAAAUGGGAAGAGAGAACCACUAGAAGAUGUUGGCAUGUUUCUGACUUACUCUCCUUUGUGCUUAGAAAUCCGCGAGAAAGAAAAUGGAGGAUAUUAAAGUUGAGCUAACCUUUUUGGCAGAUUUGUUGCGAGUGCUAGUGAUUGCGUGGUUGUAUGGUAUGGGUAGCUUGUUCAUGUAAACAGUAAACCUGCCGGUCCUUUUGAGUUCUUACUUGCACCCUGUAUUUGUAAUGGCAGCUAAUUUGAGUGUUAAUGUGUUAUUGAUUCAGCAGGUUUGUCAAUAUUCAUGUAAUCAGAUAAAGCUCAGAGUUUCCUUGGUAA